AUGAGUGAGGCUGCUAAGUUGCUUCUUGGGGGCACAUUCCAACUCCAUAACCCAAAUGCCCCUACGCAGCACAAGCCUAUCGACAGAUCUAAUCAACCGCGCCAGAAUCACAAUGUACAGAUGAACAAUCCUCCGCCAAUGCCAAAACCCCCGGCUAAAGAAGUCCGUCCCCGCCAGAAAACUCAAAUAAACCCUCCGUUACAUACUGUAUUUUUCUACAACAUGCCAUUCAAUACGCCAAAAGAAAAAAUAAAUGAAUUUGUUUCUCAAUUUGGAGAAAUUGUAAAUCUCUAUCCACGUAGUGAGAAAGGACAAGCAUUUGCUACAUAUUACGAUAUAAGAGACGCUGAAAAAGCCGUCGAAGCUGUUCAAGACAGAGAAUUUAUGGAACGCAAGGUCAGUUCAAACUUUGCUUUCCAUCCUCCUACUAUUGGCACUGUUGGGCAAUGUCCAACAUCUGCCUCUAUUUUUGUAAAACCUGUCAAUCCUAGUGUAAAUAUCACUGAUAAGGAUUUAGAUAGGGUUCUUUCUCCAUUUGGAGAAAUCAGAUCGAUUGAAGGUAAAGGAUCAAAUCAAGAACCAAAUAAUUUUCUUGUUAAAUUUUAUGAUAUUCGCCAUGCGCAAGCAGCUGUUGCGCAAUCUCGAGUUUUGAAAACACUGGAUGGCCAUGCUUUAGAUAUUACAUUUUACUCUGAGCCAGAACCAAAACAACAAUAUCAACAGAAUUCUAUGCCUCCUAGAGGGUAUCAGGAUUAUAAUCCUCCUCCGUCAUACGGCGUUCCACAAUACGGAGCGCCAAUGCCACCACCACCUCAAUACGGAGCUCCACAGUACGGUGCUCCUCCGCCAGGUUACGGCGUUCCUCAAUAUGGCGCUCCAAUUCCUCCGCCACCACAGUACGGAGCACCGGCGCCAUACGGACAUCCUGUGCCACCACCGCCACAGUACAAUCAGCCGUUUAUGCCACCAAAACCCAAUAAUGUUUCACCGGACUUCUCAGCUUUGGCGAAGUUGGUCCAAAAACAAAUAUAG